GGGGAACGUCAGCGCCCAGUGCAGCGAAUCUGCUGUUUUCAGUAAUAAAUCCUCAGAGAAAAGGAAAGUUCGGGAGUUUUGAGAAAAUGUAAGAACAGAAAGCUUCACCUGCCUGAACCGGCGAGACUCACCUGAUCUCCACUCAACCUGAACAGGAUGUUAGCCCGUAGGUUGGGUCUGCAGUUGGGUCGGCCCACUCGGACCCUGGGCGGUUGGCUGGUGAGUAAAUUCUUCAAAGCUCACAACGACCUGCUGGAGGAGAACGCGGUAAAACUGAGCCAGAUCCAACCCGACGAGACGGUUCUGGAGCUGGGGCACGGACCGGGACUCGGCCUCCAGUACGCCAUGCAGAAACUAACCGGGCCGCAGGGGAAGCUGCUGGGGGUGGAUGUUUCGGAGUAUAUGCACCAGAUGGCGCUGGAGCGAAUGCAGGAGCAGAUCUUAGUGGGGAAGGUGAAGCUGAUCCUGGGUGAUGUGGCGGCGAUGCCGUUUGAGGAUCACAGCGUGGAUAAAGUCUUCCACUGUAACUGUUAUUACUUCUGGCCCGACUUACAGAGAGCGGCUGCUGAGAUCCACCGUGUCAUGAAACCAGGUGGGCUGAUGGUGACGACCCUGCGGUUGGACCGGGUUGAAUUACUUGCGGAUAAGAAGGUAAUGCCUACAGAGAACUGGCGACCGGAGGCGUACAUGCAGGCGCUGGAGUCGGCCGGGUUCACCGGCGUCAGGAUGGAGAAUAGGAAACACAAACUGAUCCCGUACGAAGCGAUUUACGCCACCGCAGCCAAGUGAACACCAGUACAGACUAGUGAAAACAGAAUUUAAGGAAUAGUAAGUUUUAUAUCAGCGCAGGAACCUCUACGCAAAUUAAACACUUUAAUAAUGUUCAUAUUUUGGUAUUUUUUAUAUUUUAUUAAAUAUUGGCUUGCUAAAACGUGAUUAGGGGUGAAUAUUGGAUGUUCUGUAUUAAAAU